CGGACGUUACAGAAAUCAGUAAUCUUUGAGUGAUUCGGAUGCGCCGCAUCUGCGAUACUGCGAGCAACGACUGAACAUGCUAGCGCUACUCGCCCUGGCGAUGGUGCACGCAGCCACGGCGUUGGUCGCGGAACCGCGGCCACGCAAGGUCGAUUGCGACAAGCGCGAGGCCGGCAACAAGUCCGUGUACGACUUCAGUAUCUCCGAGCUCGCUGGGGGACGCGAAUUGAGCCUGGCUCAGUACCGAGGCCACGUCCUGCUGCUGGUGAACGUGGCCACCUACUGAAGGCUAACCUACACCUACACGGAACUGAAUGCACUGCAGAAGAAUUUCGGGGCCAUGAAUUUCACCGUGAUUGGCUUUCCCUGCAACCAGUUUGGCAAGGAAGAGCCGGGAAAUAAUUCGGAAAUUCUGAACGGCAUCCGUUACGUGCGGCCGGGUAAUAACUUUACGCCCAAUUUUCCUCUGGUGGAGAAGGUGGCAGUGAACGGUAUCACAGAGCAUCCGCUGUUCACUUUCCUGAAGAGUCGCUGUCCGUCACCGGUCUCUGGGUUUCAGCCGAAGGAGAUGCUCUUCUACGCACCCCAGGACAGCAGUGAUAUUCGUUGGAACUUCGAGAAAUUCCUAAUCGGUCGCAACGGAACUCCACUUCGCCGAUAUGAGUCGGACUUCCUCCCACUCAGUAUGGUCCGCGACAUUGUCGAAGCAAUCACGCACCAAAAUGCACCACCGAUGCCACGGCAAUCUCACCACUAACUCACUCGUGCAUACCUGAAAUACUCUUGGCACAAAUGUCAAGGUGUCUAUAAGCACCCCAAGCGUAACGAGAAAGCAAAAUAACUAUAGGCAAACGUGAUGAACGAGCAGUUGACAUCCGGCAUAUUGUGGCAAGAUGAGAGUACUUACGACGUACAGUAACCCACAAAAUAUUACGGACCAUGAAAUCUGAGAAAAAGCUGAAUAUCUCCGCAGCCCCACAACGCAGCCUGGUAUUUGCAUUUCGGGCCUCGAAUAGAAUAUGCUUGCAAUGUCGUAUACAUUUUUACUGGACACUGCUACAGGCCGCUCAGAAUUGAACGUUUUCUGAGAUCCCGUGGUCCGCGGUUGAUUGUGCACCAGGGAACGAAAAUGGUAUACGAAUCAAGGGUUCCUACAGAGAAACCGAACAUAUUCGCAGUUUAAAGCACGUACCCUGCAACUACAGAGUACUGCGCUCAUAAUCUCGUUCUUCUUAGAUUCCAGCUAUAAGCGUUUGCAAAUAUUUUACUUCCUAAAUGGAAUGGCAUUCGACAUAAAAACAUGAAAUAUAAGAAACCGGCCUUUAAAGUAUUUUAGCUUUUUACUGCUUAAAGUCCCAUAAUAAAUAUGUGGAAUUAUCUUGAAGUGAAAUAGCCACUGUUAUCUGGAACAGUUUUCCACAUACCCGUACUUAAUACCUGGAAGGUUCUUCUACACACGUGUAACUUGAACGAUGUUUAUGUGGGACAAUGUUUCACAUACUUAAACAUGGUUCCAGUUACACAUAUCUCCAACAUAGAUACGUAAACGUAUAGUUCACGUUACAAGUGUGUUGGGAAAUGGUCUAGAUGAUAGGUACGAACAGGUGUGUUAAAGAUUUAUCCGGAUAAGAGUGGAUAUCUCACUGGACCACAAUUCCACAUGUUUGUUGUUAUGAGAACAUAAAUAGUAAGCAGUUCUUAUAUAUGGAACACCCUUUCUUCAUUUGUUGUGUUUUAUGGAGACCGCCGUUCCAAUUAAGUGGCGAUAUUUGCAGAAAUGCUCCACUAUCUAUAUGGAACCAAAGUAAAAGGAGAUUAGUAGUGUAUAGUGAAAACUUGUCAGAGCGAACACAGCAACGCAUUCGUCUACUUUGUGCAAAGGUGCAAAGAAAUUUCGUUUCCUAAGUUUUUCGGUGUGUUUGUAUACUUUUUCUCAAGCUUAUACGUCUAAAUUCCUAUCGUGUGAACGCAAGUGACUUAAGCUGUUGCAUUACUAGCAGCAACUUUCUCCGAGCCUCUGCCCUUACUGUUGACGACGUAAAUUGUAAUCUGGAAGGAAAAAAAUAAUUUGGAAGGACAGCAACAGAGCUCUGCUUACUGUCCUGACUAAGUGCUCUUUGAGCGAACUGACCAACAGCACUCAUCGAUGGCUGCCUGAAAGCUAUGAUGACUAAUUUUCAUUGGCACAAGCUGCAUCCGAGUUUAGAAGCACCAAAACUGUAUGUAUCUUGUGCUUCCAAGAUCCAUCGCGAGCGGCGGACUGUGCUGUCGGCUGUAUUAAUACAGUAGGCCAGGGCGAGCCGUCAGGCAUAAGGUAUAAAUUGUUAAGUUUAAGAAUAAUAAGCUGUUCGGCAAGGUCCCUCUGUGUUUCGUUAUGUAUUCAAGUAUCGGCUGCCACCCAGCAUCACGUAAGUUUUCUCUCAGCACGCCAUAGACAUAUACGAGUAUAAGCAACUUGUCGUUAAAAGCUGCGGUGUACGGACUCUCGAUUGGAGACCGUUAAAAAUUAAUGCAUUGGUUUCAUGUACUUACAAAUUUAUUCAUUCAUUAGGUUAGAGUAGGUUAGGUUAUGUUAGGUUAGGUUAGGCUAGGUUCAAAGUCAUUUCGUUCAAAAUCAGCCAUAAUUGCACUGAGCCUCUUGUCUUCACUUCCCGAAUUGUAAUCUUCUCCGCCACCUUUCUCCUUCACCCAGCAGCCAUGUCGUUCGGGGUGCCAGCGUGGCCCGAAUGACGAGCUGCCCCGAAAGCGGCGUCGCAGGAGCAGCUCCGAAGGCAGCCGUCCGUAUACAGACUCUUUGUGCAUUCGGGGUCCACUGCGUCUGGCGGCGAUGGCCUGCGAGUGUCCCAGUGCGACUUGGCUGCCCACGUUAAAUGCAAAUCAUUACAGCUCACCAACUUUGUCAGCUUCCUCAUUUCCGAAGAAACGAACCCUGCGGAACCUUGUCGCGCCAGAGCAGCGGGGCAGAUCUACGUCCUGCUGUAGAAGCCUUGUAACAAGUUAGAUAUCACCGAAAAAUUUCCACCCAAUAAUAUUUAUUGCCGAAAUAGCAAAUGAGGACGUUCAUUAAGACACCCGCAAAAGACGCGAACGAAGGAGCUGCGACCCGUCUGCCUGUGCCGUCACCUACAGUCAACCACAAAAUUUUACAGAACAGGAGAUCUGAGAACAAGCUGAACAUCUGUUCAGCCUCGCGACGCAACCUAGUAUUCGUAUUUACAGCCUCUACCAGUAUAUGUGAACAACAUCGGGAUGUUCGGUUUCACUGACUACUGUUACAGGCUGCUGGGAAAUUGAACGUUUUCUGAGAUCCCGUGGUCCGUAAACUUUUGUGGUUGACUGUACAUGGCCCAUGGAAAGGUUCAAACAGGCAACUGUUGAAUUCAGGAGAACUAAGAAUUCCUGAGCAACAUGAAGCAGUGCGUCAGGGCGCAGUGAUACCUUAUCGCCAAUAGCUUGACUAUCACUCAAGUGGUCAUUCCGAUAGCGUGCGUUCAGCGCCGCUGCUCACAGUCGCUGUUGUUUUCUACUGGUGAGUUUGUCAGCUGGGCUAUUUUUGAAAGCGUCAUUCUUUCCACACAAAUCACAAGAACCGACUCCUACAUUUACUGAAAGCGGAAUAAUUUGUAGGGCGUUCUAAUAAAGUAAAGCGAUCUCGCCUAUAAGAACUGCACUGUGCUAUACCUGAAGUGAACUGCGCUGCAGUGCGUAUGGUAUGCUUUUCAGGGUUUCCCAUAUAGUGGAAACCGUUACCAGCUGCAGCCAUCUAUAUCGGCAUCAAGUUCAUAAGGAUUCGCGUCCCUCCCGCUCUUUGAAAGCAGCUUCUGCCUCAAAGAUACCCGUAUUAUGCGCGUAUGCAUACGAAUGCCAAAGAUAUAUAGCUCACUUCAAAGUGAGCAUACAUUUACCGGAAAUAGCGAUAUUUUUGCCUCGUCUUCCGAUAGUACGUGGACACCCAUCUAUCUACAUGGCUUAUAAUGGCUAAUAAACUGUAUCGUCAUCACCAAAAAGGCCUU